GGCCUCUUAAUAAAGGGACAUUACUCAAUCCACUCAUCACUAUGACAUGUCACCGGUUUGUCUGAAGCAAUAUUGUUGAAAAGUGUGAUUUGAGUUGGUAUUCCACGUUGAAUGAUUGUGAACGACGUUACUCGACAGUUUAUUUAUUUCAACUUUUAACUCAAAAUUUGGUCUUAGUGCCAGAACAAUGUCCACGAAGUCGACAAGAAUUGUUCGUUUUAUUUGUACUUUCCUUUUUGUAUUUCAACUCUGUUCGUUAGUGGAUUGUUAUUCUCAUUCUGAAAACAUCGUGGAAAAUGUUGACCAUUUACCUGGAAGAAGAUUAUUAGAUGAUCCUAAGGUGUCAGAAACGAAAAACAAGGACAAAGAUAAAGAUAAGAAAAAGGACCAGCUGCAUGCUCUGAGGACUAGUGAAAUAAGGCUUGCACGAGUUCCCUGGACAAGUCCUAAAACAGAUGAAUAUUCAAAGGCUACAUAUACAUCGGAGGAGGAGGAGUGGUGGUCGGACGAGCAUGGCAUCCUCCAUCACCUGCGGAAGAGGAAAGGGGACCUGGGCUUCAUCCAUGGUUUUGUUGCCUCUCUUUCUGUCAUCAUUGUGUCGGAGCUGGGAGACAAGACCUUCUUCAUCGCGGCCAUCAUGGCCAUGCGACACUCGCGUCUCACUGUCCUGACUGGAGCUCUCGGGGCUCUCAUCUUUAUGACCAUCCUCUCAGGUUUGGUCGGGUAUGCUACAACUGUGAUCCCGCGGGCUUAUACUUAUUACAUUUCCUCCUUGCUGUUUGCUGUGUUUGGUAUCAAGAUGUUGAAAGAAGGGUGGAGCAUGUCACCUGAUGAAGGACAGGAUGAGUAUGAGGAAGUGCAGGCUGAUCUCAAGAAGCGGGAGGAUGAGCUCCAGAAACAGAACAUGCCAACCACCGACAUCGAGACUGGUAUUAUCCGCACUCCCGGCCGCCGCUUCCUGUCGGGACUUAUCUCCACUGUGUUGCUGCAGAGUUUUACCCUGACAUUUCUAGCUGAAUGGGGAGACCGGUCUCAGAUUGCAACAAUAGUUUUAGCAGCCAGGGAGGAAAUCUGGGGUGUAUUGCUGGGAGGGUUCCUGGGUCAUGCUCUCUGCACGGGUCUUGCUGUGAUAGGAGGACGGAUGAUUGCUCAGAGGAUAUCUAUCAGAACAGUUACCCUGAUUGGCGGCGUAGUGUUCAUCUUGUUUGCAUUCUCAGCGCUGUUUUUCGGUCCCGAUGACUGAGGCCUCCCAUCGAAGACAUCACGACUCUGCCCAGUAAUUUAUUAUCACUUAGCAUCUUGUUAUGUCACAACUGGCCCAGCUGCCAUGAUAAAAGUGCUCAGUAGAACACAUGUAGGUGUUAUGGUUGCUCGCAGAACAAACAGGGGAAUUAUACAAUUUAAUUUCCACCAGGGAAUUGAAUCACAAAUCAUGUUUACCAAUAUAUAUUCCUACUCUGUCAUAUGAACAGCACCUAGUUCCACAAAGCAAUCUUAGUGCUAAGACGAAUGUAACUCUCAUUCUGUAAUAUAGUCAUCUUAUCGUGAAGAUCGCUUUGUAGAAUGGGCCCUAGGUAAGGAAAUGUCAAUUCAAAAAAUAAUCAGCAAGAAACAGAAGCAUUGAGCAAAUAGGAACUGGCCUCAAGUUUCGAAGAAGAAACAAAUUAUUUAGGUUUGAAUAUUUACAGGGUUACUCGUAAUUAUGACAUGGUUGUUGAGUAGUGUUUAGACGUCCCUGUUAUUGUCAUCAUUGUAUCUUUGUUGCUGGAGCUAAUUGCUGGUAGUGAUGGCAACUGACACGGCUCUAUUGGAUUAUUUAUGGAGUAUUUACAUCAGUCAAGAUUUCAGAUUGGUUCAAUGUCCAGACCAUUGACUGAUAGACAAGAUGUGCUGUCGAUAUUUUUUAAAUUUGGUAGGGAUAUAGAAGGAUGUCCUAUCAAAAGUUCAUCAAAACGACCUUAUGCCAUUUGUCUUGUGUAUGUGUUGCACGAUUUAUGAUAUGGAGUUAUAUAUUAUAUUAUGUAUGAAGAAUAUGAUUAAGAGCCAAAGAUUUCCAUGAUGUUAAAUAUGAACAGGUGUUGAUAUUAUUCUUGGAUAUUUGUUUUAUUCAGCAUUAUCGUAUCAUCAUGGUGAUUAAGUAAGGGGGAAAAUCAGACACAAUAUAACCAGUUAUGAAGUAGGGGCAGAUUUUGACACUCUUCCAGAGACACAAGGGUUUGUUAAGUGAUUCUCCCUGUGACAUGACCCCGUAAUGUUAUUUAUCAUCCCAAACUGCCUCCCACAGGAGAUAUCACUUGGAUGAGAUCAAGCGAUAUCUACAUUGUAGAUAUAGCUGAAAUUAAAUUGCAUCACAAUGCUUUGCACACCAUUAUGACAUCAUUGGUUACCAUGACAUUACAAUCAAAUGACAUCACUAAUGGCUCUGCUACUGAAGCUGUUAGCAGUACUUUUUACACUUAAGACCAUGUGAAGACACUGCCUAUUACUGUCUUCAAACUGAAAAAGUUGGAAGAAUGAUGUUGGAUGAUAAAUAAAAUCUCAUCCUCGUCUCUUUUGAUAUCAAAUAUGUCAACACUCGUUGAUAUAAAUGGAAAAAAUCCUCGGCAAGCAUCGGAGUUUUUCCACUUUUAUCAACUCGUGUUGAUAUAUUUGAUAUCAAAAGACACUCGGGUGAGAUUCUCUAUAUCUCCAGUGUUGGUAUUUAUUCAGAAACAUAUCUCCACAUGAAGCAAGCUGCUGUUCUGUCUGUGUUGGUCAUAGCACAGUCAUGUUGUUAUCCCCAAGGAUGUCUGCUGGUCUGAACUCAACAUAGGUUGGAACUAUUUUACAUCUUUCUUGUCUCUUUAUUUACCAACAAUAUACGUUUUGCCAAUAGGGUUAUAACUUGUCACGUUAACUUUUAUACAUGAAGUAUCCUCAGGAGGACUAAGCUUGAGGGCUUAAAAAAAUAAAGAAUUGGUUCUCAGGCAAUGACUUUUAAAAAUAUAUGCGCCAGGAGGUGUUGGCUUUUUGUGUGAAACAUGCGGGAUAGACUUUAUGAUGAUGCGUCCGCAGCUUGAGAACCAAUGAUAUGUCCUGAUGAUGUAAGGAUGAUGUCUUUUUAGAUUACCAUGGUUACAGUGUAGGUAUGACUUCUGUCUCAGUUGGUGACAUGGACCUAUGUGUAUCCAAACUUCAUUAUCUAAUAGGGUUCAUAUAACCUAAUGGUGCAUUCAAUUUCUUAUUUGUUAAUGGUGGCGUUAAAAUGACUUGUACAAAACAGUCAUUAAACUUUCAUUAAAAAAUGAUACUUUAGGCUUAAAAAAAAUAAAAGAAUUGGUUCUCAGGCAAUGGUUUU